UCCUAUGCAACCGCACGGUGGCGGGCAUCCAAUGGCUGGCGCUAUGCCCCCGUGGAACCCCAUGUGGGGACACCAAUCUGGACCUCCAAUGCAUGUGCCCCCACCUCCUGGACAACCACCGCCACCACAAGCUGGGGCACCCAUUCCCGGAAUGCCUAAUGGAAUGAUACCGUCGGCCUACCCGCCCGCUUGGAAUUCCGGUCAACAGGCAGGAGCUUAUAGUGCAGGCAAUGGAUGGACUCAACCGCCUAACUAUCAAAACUAUCAACAGUGGGCCGGCUAUGGGUACCCUCCGCAGGGAUGGGGUCAGGGAUACUCUUAUGGGCCCUAUAAUACCGCAUACCCAGGCUAUGGACAGACUACUGGACAAAGCGCUGCCAAUGCCACACAAACACCUGUCGCACAGACCCCUAUCGCUGCUAACGCCGCGGCGGCCACUGUUGCGGCGGUUGGCGCUUAUAUGCCGGCCGCUGGUGUCAACUCUGCUAUAACUCCCGGCGCACAAGUGAUUGCAAAUGUUGGCACUUCCGCACCACAAGCUAGUGGCACUUCUAUCGGCACAUACCCUCAGGAGGCUUCCAGCUAUGGUCCGGCACGGGUUGGCAGUUAUGCCGGUGCUCCCAAUUACGCUAACUAUGCCCUACAAGGACAGGGCGACGCACCGACCGCAUCAGCCAAUGCUUACGGCGCUGCCAACCCAACCAAUGCCAACUCCGCGCCCUAUACUAGAGCUUCAUCUCAAGCACAGGGAUAUCAUCCGUACAGAAGAGUUUGA